AUGGCCGCCGCGCUGGGGGUAAGUUUAACGGGCUCGCCGCAGCUGCCUCGGUCGUCCUCCCACAUGUCCCCUCGUGUGCAGCACAGUGAGCAGCGAGGAAGACCGAGCAGCGAGGAAGACCGAGCAGGGAGGAAGACCGAGCAGGGAGGAAGACCGAGCAGCGAGGAAGACCGAGCAGCGAGGAAGACCGAGCAGCGAGGAAGACCGAGCAGCGAGGAAGACCGAGCAGCGAGGAAGACCGAGGCCACUGCCACAAUCAGAGCAGCUUUGACUGGGAAUAUUCCUUUCAAAAACUCUGACCAUGACGUCGCAAUUCCACGUAUUUCAACAAAUGGACAAAUGCAGCGUUUUAGAAGAGGGAUGAUGCUGUGA